AUGAAACUAUCUAGAGAUUUUGUAGGUUUUAUACCUGUAUUGAGAUGGAAUAGUACAGGAAUCACAGUUGCAGGUGUAGUUAAUGUAUUUGGUAAUGGUAGUAAUCAAUUAAAUCAACCUAGAGAUAUUAGAUUUCUUCAUCCAAAUAUAAUUUAUAUUGCUGAUUAUGGCAAUCAUCGAAUACAGAAGUAUGAACUGGGUAAUUUGAGUGGUGUAACUGUUGCUGGUGAAACUAAUGGAUUGGGAGGUUCAUUAUCUAAUCAAUUAAAAAAUCCAUCAUGUAUAUUUAUUGAUUCAUCUAAUGGUAUUUAUGUAUCUGAUUCAGGAAAUAAUCGUGUUCAAUAUUGGUCUAAUGGUGCACUAACAGGAUUUACUAUGGCUGGUAGUUCUACAGGUUUAUCUGGAAAUACAAAUAAUACAUUUAAUGAUCCAGUAGGUCUUGCACGUGAUGACACAACAGGUACACUCUAUAUUGCUGAUUUCGGUAAUAAUCGUGUCAUGAGUUAUUUAUUCAAUGCAUUGUCAGGAACUUUUGCUGCUGGUAGUAGCACUUUUGGUAUUGGAGUAACACAGUUAUGGAAACCAGCUGGUUUAUAUUUCGAUAUACUAUCAAAUAGUCUUGUAAUUGCUAAUCAUAAUGCUCAAAAUAUUGUUCGAUGGAUUCUUGGUAAAAGCAGUUGGACACUUGUUGCUGGUGAUGCUAAUGGAGCAUCAGGUACUAAUGCUACACUAUUUAAAAAUCCUCAACAAAUGACGUUUGAUCCAAUGGGUAAUAUGUAUGUUGUUGAUAAAAGUAAUCAUCGUGUGCAAUUAUUCAUAAGUGGAUCAAAAGAAGGAAUAACAAUAGCUGGUGUUACAAAUUCAGCUGGUUCUUCUGCUACACUACUUGAUACACCUUACGGAAUUGCAUUGGAUAAUCAACUCAAUUUAUACAUUGCAGAUACUUAUAAUCAUAGAAUUCAAAAAUUCCUACGUUAUUGA